GUCAAGCAUUCUGCUUCAUUCUACCGAAUUUAAUAUAAACAUAAUACAUAAUUGUGAUAUGAUUGUAGACAUUGCAAUAAGUUGGGAACAGGAUAUUUAUUAGUGUUGUGUAAAAUGUGUGUUCAGUUUAUAUUUGUGUGGUGACAACCCGCCAAUGGCGUCCCCAGGAUGAGCCAAGAUGGCGCGACGUAAGCGCCGCUUCGGGUCCCGUCUCCGGGACUACGUGCGCGGUUUCCUCGCCUUCCUCUUCAGCAACGUGGGCAUCGUGGUACUGGUGGUCGCGUAUACCAUCGCUGGCGCUUUCAUGUUUCAAGCAAUAGAAGGUGCGAGCGAGAUGGAGAGAGUAAACAAUAUGGCGAGGGAAAGGGACAACACUGCACAGUAUUUGUGGCAAAACGUCACGUUAACGCUCAAUUUGUUCAAUGAUACUGCUCUUAAAGAGAGAAUUAGUAUAGAACUACUGCACUAUCAGCGUAAGAUAGUGUUUGCUGUCCGCCGCGGGUGGGACGGCAGCCGAUCGUCCAGGCAGUGGAGUUUCUCCUCAGCUUUUUUGUAUUCCUUGACUGUUAUCACUACUAUAGGUUAUGGUCACCUCAGUCCAAGAACGUCUUGGGGUAAAAUAGUGACCAUUUUCUAUGCCCUACUUGGUAUGCCGCUCUUUCUUCUAUAUUUGAGUAAUGUUGGUGAAUUAUUAGCUAGCUGGUUUAAAUGCAUCUAUGCAUUAAUAUGUCUGUGCCGGGGUUGUCCCGGCUUCACUAGACGACGAGUUGUGCAUUUUAGAUCACAGUUAGAAAUAAGCGAAGCUGAAAGUAUAGAAAGACCAGCGGGUUGGACUGAUAAUUCGGAGUCAGAAGUCACUGAUGUGGCCAUAGCUUAUGAUCCUUAUUUAAGAGGAUAUUAUCCAAGAGAAAGACGACCCUACUUCCGCACCACCUCCCUCCCCCAACCCUCCAGAUACCCCCUACAAGUACGGGGUUAUUCCGAACCUUUGCGGGAACCCAUCCAACAAACUGUCAGCAGUGAUAGUGACUUCACCUAUGUGACCUUCGAUGCCCAGUCUAUAACUGUGCCCAUCAGUGUUUGCGUGUUCUUCAUGGUCGGAUAUCUCAUGUUUGGAUCAAUGAUAUUUGGCCUUUGGGAGAGAUGGGACAAACUAGAUGGUGCUUACUUCUGUUUUAUAUCUUUAAGCAGCAUCGGUUUCGGCGACUUCGUUCCCGGCGAGCGAAUAUACACGCCCCGUAUAGAGACAUCUUUUAUAGUCUGCUCUCUGUAUUUGAUGCUGGGCAUGGCACUAGUCGCUAUGUGCUUUAAUUUAAUGCAGGAACAAGUGAUACACUACUAUGCUGGUCUAAAAAGAGCUAUGAAAAGAAUAUGCCGGUGUAAAAGAUGACAACAUUACUUAAAAUAUAUUAUAGAAUAAUUAUAUUGUAAUUUUAGAGUACUGAAUUAACCUUUAAUAUAAGAAUUAUGAAAGUU